GCGACCGCCAGCGAAGCUGCCACUCUACAGUACCUCCACUCCAAAGGCAUCCCUGUACCCAGAAUAUAUGGUUACUCUUCUAGGGAUGAUAACCCUGCUGGCGUCGAAUACAUCGUUAUGGAGAAGGCGCCAGGUGUCAGUUAGAGACUAAGUGGCAUGGUAUGACCAAGCGGGAACGGCAUAAGCUCGCAUCCAGUUUUGUUGAAAUCGAGAAGAGGUUCUUCAACAUUCCUUUUGGGUCUAUUAGGAGUAUUUACUUUCAAGAGGACAUCCCGUCCGACCUUCAAGCCGCGCUAUACAUUGCGAGUGCCGAAAAUAGCGGUGACUCGGAGAGAUUUUGCAUUAGCCCCACCGCGGAUUACAUGUUUUGGUAUGGGAAACGAGUUGGUCUCAACAUCCACCGUGGACCCUGUGGGCUUACCUUAUACUUACUGCCAUAACUUUCAGCCUUUGACCAUACAUUGUAGGGAAUGAUCCUAUGAAGUACCUUGCGGCGAUCGCGGAGAAAGAGAUCGAAUGGACCAGGCGGUAUGGGAAGUCAAUGGAACUUGAUUUUCUAUAUAAUGGUGUCUUUCCUGGGGAAAAGGCUCCAGAGGAUUAUCUCUUUUCCCUAGAGAAGUACCUCGCAUUGGUGGCGUAUCUUCGUCCAAAUCGGAAUGAUAGUUUUCUUUACAAUGAGGAUAUUCGAUUACGUGAACGCUAUGUCGAGCUCGACUCCAGCGCCCUA